AUGAAACCAUAUAUAGGCAUACCUCUUGUGGCCGGACUUGUCUAUCGAGCUUGGUCACGCAAAUCCCUUACCCCGCUUGGCCUGGUCGCUGCGGCAUGUUCAGCCUCCGCUCACGCUCUCCACCCAUGGUCGGCACCAGUCGCGCUCCUUGCGGUAUUCUAUUUUGGCGGAACUAAAGUCACAAAGGUAAAACAUGAAAUCAAGUCGCAUUUGACACUCUCCGCAACCGGUGCGGAAGGUGGUGAAGGCCCCCGGAAUCAUAUCCAAGUUCUAGCAAACUCCAUUGUUGCUACCAUAUUAUCGAUCGCUCAUGCGGUUGUCCUGUCCAAAACAACAGGCACCGAAUCGUGUUUCUCACUCGGUCAGAAUGCGGCUGAUAUCUUGAUGGUUGGGAUUGUAGCAAAUUACGCCGCUGUCGCUGCUGACACCUUCUCCUCCGAGCUCGGCAUUCUCUCCAAAUCCAAACCCCGCCUGAUAACCUCGUUGAAUCUUCGUCAAGUCCCUCCCGGUACAAAUGGUGGUGUUACCGCGGUUGGUCUCGGAGCUGGUCUUCUGGGAUCAUUCAUUGUUUCUGCGACAUCUGCUGCGGUCCUUCCGUUCUGUGCCAAUGCCGGAUUGAAGGACCGGGCUCUGUGGACCAUAGCUAUGACACUUUGGGGUACAUUGGGCAGUGUUCUUGACAGUGUCCUUGGUGGGCUUUUGCAGGCUAGUGUUGUCGAUAAGAGGAGCGGAAAGGUUGUAGAGGGGAGUGGUGGUAGGAAGGUUCUCAUUCAUCCCUCUACGGGCAAGCCGGUCGUUGCUGAUCGCACUGCCAAAGCCACCGGUAGCAUACAUAACGCUGCAUUGCGCGGCACCCAGGUGACAAAUGUCGUCGAGGAAAGUCACGAAAGUCGUCGUCUUGAAACUGGUCAUGACUGGCUAGACAACAAUGGCGUCAAUCUUCUCAUGGCUGCUACUAUGAGUUUCGGGGCCAUGGGUAUUGCACAGUGGUUCUGGGGGUUGGAUGUGUUUGAGUUACUGGUGUAA